GUGAUUGGCCGGGGGAGUCACAUGGUGAAAGUAACUUUACGGGGUCGCCAGCUAGUAGGAGGGCUUUAUGGAGCAGAAAAACGACAAAGCGAGAAAAAUUAUUUUCCACUCCAGAAAUUAAUGAUCAUGAGCUCUUAUUUGAUGGACUCUAACUACAUCGAUCCGAAAUUUCCUCCAUGCGAGGAAUAUUCGCAAAAUAAUUACAUCCCAGAUCACAGUCCGGAAUAUUAUAGCCGGACCAGGGAGUCCAGCUAUCAGCAUCACCACCCGGAGCUGUACCCCGUUCCACGACCCUCCUUUCCCGACCGCCAGUUCAGCUGCGGUAGUAUCCAACAAGCUCCGGGCAACCCGGCCGCGCACCAAAGGGGACACGGGCAAACUGCAGGAGGCCAACAACACCUCUCAGAGAAAGCACAGCAGCUCUGCGAGCAGGCUGCUUUAUCCACCACCUCCACCACUCCUUCCCCAGCCCCUCCAGCCUGCAACCAGCCAAACCCCGACCAUCCUAACAGCACAGCAUCCAAACAACCCAUAGUGUAUCCCUGGAUGAAAAAAAUCCACGUCAGUACUGUGAAUCCCAAUUACAAUGGAGGCGAACCCAAGCGUUCCCGGACAGCCUACACGAGGCAGCAGGUUUUGGAGCUGGAAAAGGAGUUUCACUAUAACAGGUACCUGACCCGAAGGAGACGCAUCGAAAUCGCUCAUUCCCUUUGCCUCUCGGAAAGGCAGAUCAAAAUCUGGUUUCAAAACCGAAGGAUGAAAUGGAAAAAAGACCAUCGGCUGCCCAACACGAAGGU